CCGCAGGGCUUUCCGGGACGUUGGCUGAGGGUCCGCCCACCGCCCGAGCGCCUCCUGCAGCUGAGUCCCGCCGCCCCUCUCGGUCCUGCGGUCCCCCGCGUCUGGCCAUGGCUGCGCGCCUCCUCCGUCGCUCCCUGCGCAUCCUGGGCGCCCGCGUUGCCCCGGUCCCGCCGCCCGCUGCCAGAUGUUCUCAUUCUGGUGGGGAAAUACGACUGGAGACACCUUCUGCUAAGAAAUUAACAGAUAUUGGAAUUAGAAGAAUCUUUUCUUCAGAGCAUGACAUUUUCCGGGAAAGCGUAAGAAAGUUUUUUCAAGAAGAAGUGGUUCCUUAUCAUUCAGAAUGGGAGAAAGCUGGCGAAGUGAGUAGAGAGCUCUGGGAAAAAGCUGGCAAGCAAGGCCUGCUGGGGGUCAAUAUUGCUGAGAAGCAUGGUGGGAUUGGUGGAGACUUGUUCUCAACAGCAGUCACUUGGGAAGAGCAAGCAUACACAAAUUGCACAGGACCUGGUUUCAGUCUUCAUUCCGAUAUUGUCAUGCCCUAUAUUGCAAAUUAUGGUACAAAGGAACAGAUAGACUACUUCAUUCCCCAAAUGACUGCAGGCAAGUGGAUUGGUGCCAUAGCAAUGACGGAGCCUGGGGCUGGAAGUGACUUACAAGGAGUAAGAACAAAUGCCAAGAAGUCUGGGAGUGAUUGGAUUCUCAAUGGAAGCAAGGUAUUCAUCACUAAUGGGUGGUUAAGUGAUGUUGUGAUUGUAGUUGCCGUCACAAAUCGUGAAGCUCGCUCCCCUGCCCAUGGCAUAAGCCUUUUUCUGGUGGAAAAUGGAAUGAAAGGAUUUAUCAAGGGACGGAAGCUACAUAAAAUGGGAUUGAAGGCCCAGGACACUGCAGAACUGUUCUUUGAAGAUGUCCGGUUGCCAGCUAAUGCACUACUUGGAGAAGAAAAUAAAGGAUUCUACUACCUCAUGCAGGAGCUUCCACAGGAAAGACUGUUAAUUGCUGAUCUGGCAAUUUCCGCCUGUGAGUUCAUGUUUGAAGAAACCAGGAACUAUGUUAAGCAAAGAAAAGCUUUCGGGAAAACUGUUGCACACUUACAGACGGUGCAGCAUAAACUAGCAGAAUUAAAAACACACAUUUGUGUAACCAGAGCUUUUGUGGACAGCUGUCUGCAACUGCAUGAAGCAAAGCGUCUGGACUCAGCCUCCGCUUCCAUGGCAAAAUAUUGGGCAUCUGAAUUACAGAACAGUGUAGCUUAUGAAUGUGUACAGCUCCAUGGAGGCUGGGGAUACAUGUGGGAGUACCCGAUUGCAAAAGCUUAUGUGGAUGCUCGAGUUCAGCCAAUCUAUGGUGGUACCAAUGAAAUAAUGAGAGACUUGAUUGCAAGACAGAUCGUCAGUGACAAAUAGACAUCUGCCCACAUCCUGGAAUCCUAUUACAGCUAAUCUGGAUUUGAAUCUGCUCAAGAGAAAACAUAACCUGGAAAGAGGGGGAAACAGUAAAGGUGUUUCCAUGUGUGUUGUCUGUAGAGAAAGAAACCAAAUAGAAAUUUAAACUUAACACAGGGGAAGGAAAAAUCUUUGAACCCAAAGAGUCUAAAGUGACACCUUGAGAUGUGUGCCUUUUUUAAAAAAAAUAUAGUAAAUGUCAAAGAUUUUCUGAC